AUGAACAUUCGCGCCGUCGCCAUGUUUGGGAACGCCUCAAUGGUUUUGCUUCUUGAGCAGCAUCCGAUGAUUUACGGCAAGGCACUCGUUCGCCUCAAGAGGAACAUUGGACGCAUCAACAUGGCGGGCGACAUCAUCGGCAACCCCGGGGAGGAGGGGGAACUGGGAUUUGGUGUGCCUCCUGAGCGCACCUCUCUUGCGCUGACUUGUGUGGUGCUCCUCCUACCGCCUUAUCGGGUGGCGUGCCAUCACUGGUGUGGCGGUCUUCUUCCUCACCUUUUAUUUGCAUCUUCUCACCUCAAGUUGGCAGUCAGCUAUGCGCGAGAAGAUGGCGGUAGUCGUUGA